AAAAACACUGGUUUAGACUCUGACAAAUGUUCUGAUCUUGGUAUCUUUUAAAUAAAAUAAGCAAUAAUCAGUCAAGAAGUGAUAAAGUGUGUCGUUGCCAAUGAUUUCUACUAUUUAGAGGAAAUCAUUUGAAUCACGUCGAUAGAAGUGUCAGGGUAAAAUAACCGUUGUUUAUAAAUGGUUAGAGGUUACGGUAGUCUGUAGAACUUUCAUAAUUGUUAAGAGAUAUGGUAUUAACAAUGAGGAUGUGCAUCUUCGGGCAAGGAAGGCAGUAUCUUUCGAAUAUUGCUGUUUUAAACUCUACCAUAUGUGGAGCAAGACAUACGAGUACUCUUUUUAAAAGAACUGCACCCACUUCACAAAUUGCGUACUCUACGGAUACUCAAAAACAAGAGAACAAAACAAUAAAAAUAUACAAUGGCAUUUUAACAUCCCAUAUCGUCCGUGUCAAAGGAUUCUCACUGUUGACGUCGAUCAUAUCUUUGGGUAGUCAACCAUUUUUCUUUGACAAGAUAGGUUCAGAUAUCAGUACAGCGGUACUUACUGGUAUCUCCAUUUCAAUUACGCUUCUCGCUGUUGCCACACCUUUGUUAUUACAUUCUAUAACAAGAAAGUAUGUCACUCAGUUGGAGUAUGACCCAAAGGACGAUAAAUAUAUUGCCACCCUCUAUACCAUCUUUUUACGUAAAAAGAAACUUGAAUUCACGCCAGCAGAUGUUGAAAUGCCGCUCGUUGAGAGAAUGUUUACGUCAUGCUUCGUAAAAGGCAUACCAAUAUUCAUCGAUCCAAGACACUUUGACGAUUACACGCAUUACAAAAGAAUUAUGGGAUAUGACAAACCUGUGGAUCUGAAAUUGCACGUACCCAGUAUUAGGAAAUAAUUUACAAGUUAGUUAACAUAAACAGGAAAAAAUAAUCACCUUCUGAUAUCAACGA